GGCAGCAGCCGCGUCCUCCCCUGAAGCGCAGCUUGUUUUUGUUUUUCUUUGCUCUUUUCACGGCACAAGUUGUGGGUCAGAGGUCACCUGAGUCGUCGCGGUGGUGGUGUGGGACGUCUGGAGUGUGUGCGCGCGCGUGUGCGUCUUCACCCUCAGAGGACGUGUGAGGAUGGCCGAGCGCCGGGCUUGCCCCCCUUGACAGGUGACCACUUCUGCAGGUGUGACAAACUGCACUCCAUGGAUUUAUUCUUCUUGAAACAACCACUUACAAGAUAAUGCUGAUGUCAGCACAUGCCUGCUGUCCAGUGGAGCGGUGAGCGAGAAGCUACUUUGCGGUGAAGAAUGGGCGACUGGAGCUUUCUGGGGCGUCUGCUGGAGAAUGCCCAGGAGCACUCCACAGUCAUCGGCAAGGUGUGGCUGACGGUCCUCUUCAUCUUCAGGAUCCUGGUGCUGGGCGCCGCCGCCGAGGACGUGUGGGGCGACGAGCAGUCCGACUUCACGUGCAACACGCAGCAGCCCGGCUGCGAGAACGUGUGCUACGACCAGGCCUUCCCCAUCUCGCACACCCGCUUCUGGGUGCUGCAGAUCAUCUUCGUGUCCACACCCACGCUCAUCUACCUGGGACACGUGCUGCACAUCGUGCGCAUGGAGGAGAAGCGCAAGGAGAAGGAGGAGAGCGUGCGCAAAGUCAACCGCUUCCAGGAGAAGGCCCUGUUUUUUAAGGACAGCGAGGACGAUGGCGGGACUAAAAGGGAGAAGCCCCCAAUCAGGGACGAACACGGGAAAAUCCGCAUCCGGGGUGCCUUGCUGCGCACGUACGUGCUCAAUAUCAUCUUCAAGACCCUCUUCGAGGUGGGCUUCAUCCUGGGUCAGUACUUCCUGUACGGCUUCCGGCUGAGGCCGCUCUACAAGUGCGCCCGCUGGCCCUGCCCCAACACCGUGGACUGCUUUAUCUCGCGGCCCACCGAGAAGACCAUUUUUAUCAUUUUCAUGCUUGUGGUGGCGUGCGUGUCGCUUUUCCUCAACCUGCUGGAGAUCUACCACCUGGGCUGGAAGAAGCUCAGGCAGGGCGUGACUACCGGCUUCACGCCGGAGCAAGGCUCGGUGCGCCGGGACCACGCCCAGCCCGGGUGUUCUGCCCCGAGGACCGGGGGAUACCCCUCGAAGUACAUGGACGUGACGGCUGGAAGCGGGGCUUUCCUGCCUCGCGCGCCGCCCACGGGGGCGGAGUUUAAGGUGGGCAACCUCCAGCGGGAGGAGGCCCUCCGCCAGCACAACCCCGCCUCCCACUACUACAUCAGCAACAACAACAACCACAGGUUGGCCGCGCAGCAGAACUGGGCCAACUUGGCCACAGAGCAGCAGACUCUGGAGAUGAAGGCUACCACCCCCACCCUGUCCUCGUCUUCCUCAUCUGCCGGCACCCAGCUGCCUACUGACGAGGCCCCGCCUCCUUCCUUGAUCAGCACCAGCCCGGCCCCUGGCAGCUGUGGCGAGGGAAAAAGCGAUCCGGAUGAUAACCAUUCCACCACCGCGGUGGAGAUGCACAAGCCUCCGCUAACGGUCACCACGGACCCCCGGCGGCUGAGCCGGGCCAGCAAGAGCAGCAGCGUCCGGGCCCGACCCGAUGACCUGGCGGUAUAAACGUCUGUCCCUGCUAAAGCACGCCGUGGUAGGCGGAGCCAAGGACAUGAUCUGGCGUCAACACCAGAAAGAUCGGCUUUUCUUCUGGACUAAUUAGCGACGCCUCCUAGAGAGCUCGUGUAGUGACAGGGGGGGGUUAGACACCCACAAUGCACCUGGCCACGCCCCCUGGAGGAAGGGGGGGGGUUUAGACACCCACAAUGCAUCUGGCCACGCCCCCUGAUGUGACGCAAACGUCCACACGGCGGCUGUCGUGAUUGAAGACGUUAGCUGUGUCUCAAAUGAUGUACUUCUGUACUCACACUUAGCAUGUUGAGUGCACUUAGCAUGUUAAGUGUAUUUGUCAUGUUAAGUGCACUUAGCAUGUUGAAUGCGCUUAAGUGCACUCGACAUGCUACGGUACGUGCACUUUGCCUUUUAAGUGCACGUAGCAUGAUGAGGGCAAUCAACAUGUUGCAUGCACUUAGCAUGUUAAGUGCGGUUAUUACAUUGAAGGCAUUUAGCUUGUUAAGUGCACUUAGUAUGUUGAAAUGCACUUAAUAAGUGCACUUUGCAUUUUGAGUGCACAUAACAUGAUGAGUGCACUCAGUAUGUUGAGUGCAGUGGGCAUGUUGAGGGCAUUUUGCGUGCGCUUAGCAUGUUAAUUACGCCAAGUAUGUUGAGUGCACUUAGUAUGUUGAGUGUGCUUAUUAUAUUGAGGGCAUUUAGCUUGUUGAGUGCACUUAGUAUGUUGAGUGUGCUUAUUAUAUUGAGGGCAUUUAGCUUGUUGAGUGCACUUAGUAUGUUGAGUGUGCUUAUUAUAUUGAGGACAUUUAGCUUGUUGAGUGCACUUAGUAUGUUGAGUGCACUUAUUUUAUUGAGGGCAUUUAGCUUGUUGAGUGCACUUAGUAUGUUGAGUGCGCUUAUUAUAUUGAGGGCAUUUAGCUUGUUGAGUGCACUUAGUAUGUUGAAUGUGCUUAAUAAGUGCACAUAUGAUGAGUGAACUCAGUAUGUUGACUGUACUUAGCAUGUUGACUGCACUUGGCAUGUUGAGGGCAUUUUGUGUGCGCUUAGCAUGUCAAUUACGUGGAGUAUGUUGAGUGCACUUAGUAUGUUCAAUGUGCUUAAUAAGUGCACUUUGCAUUUUGAGUGCACAUAACAUGAUGAGUGCACUCAGUAUGUUGAGUGCAGUGGGCAUGUUGAGGGCAUUUUGCGUGCGCUUAGCAUGUUAAUUACGCGGAGUAUGUUGAGUGCACUUAGUAUGUUGAGUGUGCUUAUUAUAUUGAGGGCAUUUAGCUUGUUGAGUGCACUUAGUAUGUUGAAUGUGCUUAAUAAGUGCACAUAUGAUGAGUGAACUAAGUAUGUUGAGUGUACUUACCAUGUUGACUGCACUUGGCAUGUUGAGGGCAUUUUGCGUGCGCUUAGCAUGUUAAUUACGCGGAGUAUGUUGAGUGCACUUAGUAUGUUGAAUGUGCUUAAUAAGUGCACAUAUGAUGAGUGAACUCAGUAUGUUGAGUGUACUUAGCAUGUUGACUGCACUUGGCAUGUUGAGGGCAUUUUGUGUGCGCUUAGCAUGUCAAUUACGUGGAGUAUGUUGAGUGCACUUAGUAUGUUCAAUGUGCUUAAUAAGUGCACUUUGCAUUUUGAGUGCACAUAACAUGAGUGCACUCAGUAUGUUGAGUGCAGUGGGCAUGUUGAGGGCAUUUUGCGUGAGCUUAGCAUGUCAAUUAUGCAGAGUAUGUUGAGUGCACUUAGUAUGUUGAGUGCGCUUAUUGAGGGCAUUUAGCUUGUUGAGUGCACUUAGUAUGUUGAAUGUGCUUAAUAAGUGCACAUAUGAUGAGUGAACUCAGUAUGUUGAGUGUACUUAGCAUGUUGACUGCAUUUGGCAUGUUGAGGGCAUGUUGCGUGCGCUCAGCACGUUAAUUACGCGGAGUAUGUUGAGUGCACUUAGUAUGUAGAGUGUGCUUAUUAUAUUUAGGGCAUUUAGCUUGUUGAGUGCACUUAGUAUGUUCAAUGUGCUUAAUAAGUGCACUUUGCAUUUGGAGUGCACAUAUGAUGAGUGCACUCAGUAUGUUGAGUGUACUUAGCAUGUUGCCUGCACUUGGCAUGUUGAGGGCAUUUAACAUGUGUGCUUAGCAUGUUGUGUACUUAGUACAUUGAGCGUGCUGAGCAUUUUAAGUGGUCUUCCAAUGUUGAGUGCACUGAGUACACUCUGCAUGUUAAGUGCAUUUAGUAUGAUGAGUGCAUUUAGCAUGUUAAGUAUACUUAGUAUGUUGAGUGCACUUAGCAUGUCGAGUACACUUAACAUGAGUGCACUUAGUACUGAUAGAAGGAGGCUUCAAUUGUCACCAUCUUAAUGGAAUGAAAGUGUGUUGAAAUAUUUCUGCAUGAAAAGACGUGAAUCAUUUCCAGUGAGAUUGGGGACAUUCAGUACGUAAGUACACACUAUAAUGUGUACUUCAUGUAGACAAAGCCCACAAUAAGUAAAUAUUCAAGUACUGUACACUUCAAUCCACAUACAAAUGUUAGUAGGUGACUUUGCAAAGGAAUAAAAAAGAAGUCAACAUUUUCACUCCCACUGAAGUCACAGAUGAUUAGUGAGUGGAAAACAUGUCAGCUGCUGGUAUGAAGCAGACACGUCAACCUUUGACCCCACGGCGCCUACAAUCCUUCCUGUUCCGUUAAAGUGUGUGUGUGUGUGUGUGUGUGUGUGUGUGUGUGUGU